AUGGGGUCCGCUGUGGCGCUGUCCCAGCUGCUGCGAAAAAGUAAAGGGUGGGCGGGGCACUAUGAUUGCACGGCAUUUCCAGAUUCAGUAAUAACCAUAUCAUACGCCGUGCAGUGCUUGUCUGUAGCAGGGACGGACAAUCAGUACACGGUGGUGGUGGUGAUCGCGCGCGAGGGUGGGAGUGGGAGUGGGAGUGGGAAUGAGCUUCUACUUGGCCGAUCUGUAGCUGCGCGCGGCCACGGCGGCUCUGGCGCACCGCACAAGUCGGCUCUUCCUCCUCCUCCUCCUGCACUCGCGGGCGGCAAGGUGGACAGUGUCCUUUCCGAAGCGGCGGCGUCACCCAGCGCUGCUGCUGCUGGUGGCGGUGGUGGUUCGAUCAGUGCGCUGGAGAAGGUGUCUGCUUCGGGUGGUGCUGCCGGUGUAAGGACGGACGACGGAGGCCGUCAUUGUCAAGGGGAGAGGCUGGUGAAAUCAUCCGAGGCUUCGAGCAGGAACGGUGUGGCUGCCGCCGCCGCCGGUGCUCUCAUGGACGCCGCCGAGGGUGUUGCAGGGCCGGGGAUAGACGGCGCCGCCGAUCUCCCCCCACCGUGCGUGUACGCCGGUCCUUACCUAAGGAUCGUGACAUUUGGUACCAGAGCCAUCGAUCGAGGAAGUAUGGCCCGACCCGGAUCUACACUGUCCGUCGCCACCAUCGCCGAGCUCGAGGCGAAGAUGGAUCGCAUGCUGCGGAUGAUGGAGGAAGUGAACGCGGGGAUGUGUAGCACCCUCAAGACCCUCGCAUCUGCGACACGGUCGUCCACGCCCUCGUCUUCGCCCACUUCACCGGCACCCUCGACUCCGGCCGCUGCGCCGGCAGUUGCGACACCACCAUCCACCCCAGCAUUGACUGCAGCGCCUACACCCAUCGCCGCCACAACACCCAGUGCCAUCGAUGAGUGCGUGGUCACGCCCACCACUUGCAACAAGCAUGUUGUGGCAUCGCACAUCAUGAUAGGUGCUCCACAGUUCUCUCCGACCACCACCACGCCGCCCGAUGUCAUCGACAACUGCUCGGUCCUGUUCUCCGCCUGCAGCGAGCACGCCGCGGCAUCAUCUACCUCACCGGCGUACAUGGCUCCUACCACUUCACCGACCGAGCCCACCGCUGCACCGACCUCCAGGCCGACACCAACUGCUCUGACUAUAGCUUCGACUCCCAUCCCCAAACUAAACUUGCCAGGUGCAGAGGACAACCCUACCGUCGCCCUGUCGACCAGGUGUUCGACGGAUUGCUUCUGCCGCGACACCAACAUGCUUAUGCCUGGGAGCAGCGACACCACCAUCGUUUGCACUACUCGCUCGAAGGGUAUUUCUAUGUUCGGGAUUUGCUCCAAUGUUCCUGAGGUCCUUGAGGUGAUUGAGAAAGUGACUGGGCAAACUUCAGAGGUAUUAUGGCUACCUUCCUUCACGACCUACUGCCCUUCGCUACUAGUGUGUUCUACUGGUUCCUGUGUGUUUGACCGUGGCAAGAGCAGCAAGGGCGAAUUCAUAUUUACUGUCAUCCUCCCUUGUACACUACUGCAAGCAGUUAUCUCAAAUUUCGUGUUGGGAAUCCACUCACUAACCUUGCAGAUUGAGUUGAAACCAUGGCCUAAUUGGCACGGACAUCAGGGCAGUCUCAUAGUGGCACUUGUCUGUCCACAUUCAAGCAUAGUGAUAUGGGUUCAGUUUAGCUGCGCAGUGCAUAAGCUCCUAGUCUGGCCUCUCCAUUGCGAGUCAUGGUGGGAAUGCUGUGCAGAUUGUCUUCAGUUACUUGUAAGCGCAGGGCAAGUUGAUUCUAUCAAAAUGGAGGCCAUUGGGUUGAUUCAAUUGCAUAUUGCUAUUCCAGUCACAGAGUUGUACUGUCUGUUAUUCACCUGCUACCAUCAGCCAGUGCAUUGGAAGCCCCCAUGGUUAUCUCUGGUAUACAUCAUCAGUAACAUACCCUAUAUUGCCUACAGCCUCAGGAUCAGGACACCUCCUCUGAAAAACAUAAACUCUUUGCUCACAGACACCUGCGUGUUGUGCUCACAGUCAUGGCAACCCUUUAGCAAUGGUCAGCUAGAUGUGCUAUUGCGGCAGCCAUGGCCACCACCUCUGCUGUUUGACCUGAUGGGUUCUGAUGGUCCUCAAGCCAACACCAUGGCCAUCUUUCUCAGUACAAACAUCAUCAGUGUGGCAAGAAUUCCGAGAUGGCAGCAAAAGUGUGAUGGUACUAUAAAAUGGAAUGAUUUCCUUCUCUUGGAUGGGGAUCUAAUUAUUACUUGGAGCACAACUGAAGAGAGGAGGGCUGCCAACUGUAUGAGGCAUGGGAGUUGCUACUGUUGUGUGGUUUGGGGUGGCCCUGUUAUUUUGGUUUUUGUACCAGCAUCGGGACAUUUACUUGGGGUGAAAACACUGCUGCGCAAUAUUUGGCUAGUCCAGAAGUGGCACCAUUCACACAAUCCUGCAGAUGCAUCUUUUCCCAUAUACCUGAUUGGUCUCAAUGCUGUUUUGGCCUUCAAUGGCUGUGGCAAUAACCACCUGUGUGCUUCUGAGCUUUAUUCCAUACUGAUGCAGCCAUACCACAGCUGGUUAUCUUUGAGUGAAACAAAAUGUGUGGGAGGAAACUCUGUGAUGCUACAAUUCCCAGCGGCUACCUGCAUGAUACUAUCACCUGUGAAUUAUAACAACAGCAACAAUGGAAGUGUCUUUCACCAGUGGUUGAUAUUUGCGCCAGUUCUUGAGCUUCUUCAUCUCCCAUGCUGCAAGCCAUGUUCCAGUGCAGGGAAGCUACUUCUUGUUUGGACUGAACCAUAUGUUAUCCAGAUAAGUUCCAACAUGCAAAUACUCUACCUGUGCAUUCCUACUCAACACUAUGGACUACUCUAUUCUGGAAGGCCAGUGCUACUUCCACUUGCCUCAGCAAUUUUGCUUGCCUGGUGUGAUAACGAGGAGUUGGAACAUCACAUGAUUAUUUUGCCCGGUCCUCAAGCGACAAUUUCUGUGGGGCUGCUACUACAUUUGAUAGUCUUUGGUUUGACUGAUUUUCAUGGCAAUGAAGCAGACCAAUCUUAUUUUCUCGGAGCAUGGGAAGCUAUAUAUAGUGAGUGCUUUGCUUCUACAGUUGUUCUGCCAAUGGUUCCUGUCAUUCAGUUUCAAGCAUAUCCAAGUCUGAACUCGAAAACAAUGGAAGUCAUGUACAAGACACUGACUAAUUCUAGCAUGCUGGCACUUCAAUUCUAUAAUCUGACGGUGGAAGAUCCUUGA